CAUGCUGCGGAACCGCGAUGGUUAACAAUGUUCCGGGUUUUGCUUCAUUUCUGGUGCGCGGUAAUGGCUAUGAUUUUCGCGUAUGCCUUCGGACAUGAGAAUUUCAGUGUUAGAAACGUCUUCUUUCUUUUUUCUGUUCCUUUCCUUAACUUUUUUUUACGCAAGCUUUUCCUGACGCAUCUACUCCUAUUUCAAACUUAAGUGGAGGCUGUUUUAUAUCUACACACUAUCUGAAACUAAUUUCUUUGCAUGGUCCGAAAUUUCGUUGCAGCUGGCCAGCAAGCUGUCUUUGUCGCUGCUUUGUGUACUGUGGGCGAAAAUUUUAUUUUCUCUUUCUUUUUUCUGUGCUGCCGAGGUCUCCGAAGAAGGGAUUUUGAUUGCAAGAACAGUUGCAGUUCGUCACUUUCCCACGGACGUAGUUGCCGCAGUGCACUUAGACGUGCGUUCCACCUAAAUUCGCAGAUAUGGAUUCAGAGUUCUGCUGCAUGCAAUGUGGCAAACAGUUCAACGGACCCGUACCUUACAUGGGACACCUGCGGAGUCCUAAGCACCUCAAGAACGCCACCGAGCCGAUACAAGGCCGAUUCGAGCCGAUACGUGGCAGGAGCGACUUGGUUGACGUAAGCGGCCUGACACCGAGGCGUGGGAUGCCCAUCAUGUGCCAUGUGUGCAACGUCCCAGUAAACUCUCCAGCACUCUUGGAAAUCCACAAGAAGGGCAAGAAUCACUUGCGGAAGGUCAAGAACCUACAGAUGCGGGCUCAAAUCAUGGCCGCAGGAGAUGGAGGACCCUCGCAAGCCGGGCCCUCGUUUGCUCGCACGGAAACUUUCAGGGCCACUCCUUCCGCAUCCACUUCUGGGCACCGGUCGACGGUCGAUGAGGCAGCCGCCGACCUGUCCUGCAGGCGUUGCGGCAUUGUGCUCUUCGAAAGCUCGCUGUACAAGGCUGAACACAUGAAGACCUUCUCCCACAUGCGCCGGGCCACCGCUGACACCGACUCGGUUUCCCGUUCAGUGAGCAGGCUCUCCAUCGACGAUUAUCAGUGAGACGAGCUGACGAGGACUGGGGAGACGACCGGCUUGGGCUAUAAACCCCAAAGUCCACGUUCGCGAUGACUCCAUUGAUCGACUACCCGGACGCAACGAAAAAAAAAAAAAAAAAGCGAGGAGGAUUUUUUUUUUUUUUAAAGGCAUCACCUGCUAUUCCCGGUCUACUGCCGGGUAUACAUACCUCCCGCUUACUUUUUUCCCCCCUCUUCUUUUCUUUUUCUCCCCUUUUGAAAUCAUGCGUGCGCAGAAGCACUGUCAUUCUGUCUACUCUUUCCCGUGUUUCAUUGUUUGUUUGUUUUUGCUUUUGUUUCUACACAUAUGGGUACCUUGCUUUCUUUAUGUAGGCAACUCUCUGCUGAAAAUAAAGUUGGUACUGUGAACUCGA